AUGACAUUGUUGUCUCGAGCGUUCUUCCUUAAUAAAACCUUCCCAAGAUACAUCAAGACUUUCGUUACUAACAAACUUCCUAGAUCAUUAAUCCAACGCACAAGAGUGCUUGUAAAUCGAAAAUUAAACAUACUAAAUAAUACCCUUCAAUUUAACUAUUUGAAUAGUAAACGAAUAACGAAAAUGACCACAGACUACACGGACUUACAUAGUACGUUACCGCCCCAUUUCUUGGGUCUCAAUAGUGUUGAAAAGGCGGAACCAGGACCAGUUACAGACUUUGUUAAGGCUAACCAAGGUCACACCGUUAUCACCAGAGUGUUAAUUGCCAAUAAUGGUAUUGCUGCAGUGAAAGAAAUCAGAUCUGUCAGAAGAUGGGCUUACGAAACUUUUGGUGAUAACAGAGCCAUCCAAUUCACCGUUAUGGCUACUCCAGAAGAUCUCGCUGCUAACGCUGAAUACAUCCGUAUGGCAGAUCAAUUCGUUGAAGUUCCAGGUGGAACCAACAACAAUAACUAUGCUAAUGUCGACUUAAUUGUUGAAAUAGCUGAAAGAACCAACGUUCAUGCUGUCUGGGCAGGUUGGGGUCAUGCAUCUGAAAACCCACAUUUGCCAGAAAAGUUGGCUGCUUCCCCUAAGAAAAUCGUGUUCAUAGGACCACCAGGUUCUGCUAUGAGAUCUUUGGGUGACAAAAUCUCUUCAACAAUCGUUGCUCAACAUGCACAAGUUCCAUGUAUUCCAUGGUCUGGUACAGGAGUAGAUACAGUUCAAGUUGACGAAAAGACUAAAUUGGUUUCCGUUUCUGACGACAUAUAUCAAGAAGGUUGUUGUGAUUCUCCAGAGCAAGGUUUAGAAAUGGCUAAGAAAAUUGGUUUCCCUGUCAUGGUUAAAGCUUCCGAAGGUGGUGGUGGUAAAGGUAUCAGAAAGGUUGAACACGAAAAGGAUUUUAUUGCAUUAUAUAAACAGGCUUCCAAUGAAAUACCAGGUUCUCCAAUCUUUAUUAUGAAGUUGGCCGGUGAUGCUAGACAUUUGGAAGUUCAAUUGUUAGCAGAUCAAUACGGUACUAAUAUUUCCCUUUUUGGUAGAGAUUGUUCUGUCCAAAGAAGACAUCAAAAAAUUAUUGAAGAAGCUCCAGCUACAAUUGCCAAGAGAGAAACAUUUAGAAAGAUGGAAAAUGCGGCCGUCAGAUUAGGUAAAUUAGUUGGUUAUGUUUCUGCUGGUACCGUCGAAUACUUGUAUUCUCACUCUGAUGAUAAGUUUUACUUCUUGGAAUUAAAUCCAAGAUUACAAGUUGAACAUCCAACCACUGAAAUGGUUACUGGUGUUGAUUUACCUGCAUCUACCUUACAAAUUGCUAUGGGUAUCCCAAUGCAUAGAAUCAGGGACAUCAGAACCUUUUAUGGAGUUGAUCCUCACACUUCCACUGAAAUUGACUUUGAGUUCAAAAGCGAAGAUUCUUUAGUCAGCCAACGUCGUCCUGUUCCAAAAGGACAUUGUACGGCUUGUAGAAUUACCUCAGAAGAUCCAAAUGAAGGGUUCAAGCCAUCAGGUGGUAAUUUACAUGAAUUAAAUUUCAGAUCUUCUUCCAAUGUUUGGGGUUAUUUCUCCGUUGGUAACCAGUCAUCAAUUCAUUCCUUCUCCGAUUCCCAAUUUGGUCACAUUUUUGCUUUUGGUGAAAAUCGUCAAGAAUCUAGGAAGCAUAUGGUUGUUGCCUUGAAGGAAUUGAAUAUCAGAGGUGAUUUCAGAACUACUGUUGAGUAUUUAAUCAAAUUAUUGGAAACUCCAGCCUUUGAGAACAAUACCAUAACGACUGGUUGGUUAGAUGAAUUGAUUUCCAAGAAGUUAACAUCUGAGAGACCAGAUCCAAUAGUUGCUGUUGUAUGUGGUGCUGUCACUAAGGCCCACAUACAGUCCGAAGAAGAUAGAGCUGAAUACAUUCAAUCUUUGGAAAAGGGGCAAGUUCCUAGCAAGAACUUGUUAAGAACUAUUUUCCCAGUAGAUUUCAUCUAUGAGGGCCACAGAUAUAAAUUCACUGCUACCAAGUCUUCAGAAAGCUCUUAUACUUUGUUCUUGAAUGGUUCAAGAGCAAUUGUUGGCGUGCGCUCGUUAUCUGAUGGUGGAUUAUUAAUCGCCAUUGCUGGUAAGUCUCAUUCAGUUUACUGGAAGGAAGAAGCUGCCGCCACUAGAUUGUCCGUUGACAGUAAAACUUGUUUAUUAGAAGUUGAAAAUGAUCCUACUCAAUUAAGAACACCUUCUCCCGGUAAGUUAGUCAAGUACCUUGUCGAUAGUGGUGACCACGUUGUUGCUGGUCAGCCAUAUGCUGAAGUAGAAGUUAUGAAGAUGUGUAUGCCAUUAGUCGUCCAAGACAAUGGUACCAUUCAACUUCUUAAACAACCUGGGUCCACUGUUAAUGCCGGUGACAUUUUGUGUAUCUUGGAUUUGGAUGAUCCUUCAAAGGUUAAACAUGCCUUACCAUUCGAAGGCACAUUACCAGAUUUGGGAGAUGCAAUGAUUCAAGGUACCAAACCAGUUCAUAAAUUCAGACAUUACGCAUCAAUUUUGCAAAACAUUUUAGGUGGUUUCGACAAUCAAGUUAUUAUGAAUACCACUUUAAAGGGAUUGACUGAAGUAUUGAAGGAUAGACAAUUGCCAUAUUCUGAGUGGAAUCAGCAAGUUUCUGCAAUCCAUUCUAGGUUACCUCCUAAGUUAAAUGAUCAAUUACUGGCUUUAAUUGAAAGAACUGAAUCUAGAGAUGCUGAUUUCCCUGCCAGACAAAUCUUGAAACUAAUCCAGAAGGCCGUCAAUGACCCAGAAAUUGAUUCCAGCAUCACUGAUACUGUUGCUCCAUUGAUAGAAAUUGCAAAUCGUUACACCAAUGGAUUGGCAGAACAUGAAAAUUCUUUCUUUGCUGGAAUAAUCGAACAAUACUAUGCUAUCGAGUCUAACUUUUCUGGUAGUAAUGUUCGUGAAGAGGAUGUUAUCUUGAAGCUCCGUGAUGAGAACAAGUCUGAUUUAACUAAAGUUAUCAACUUUGCUUUAUCUCAUUCCAGAGUUAGUGCUAAAAAUAACUUAAUUUUAGCUGUUUUGGAUAUUUACCAACCAAUAAUGGCUUCUUCUUCGAACUCUGCAAGCAUUAUUAAGGAUGCAUUAUCGAGAGUUGUUGAAUUAGAAAGUAGAGGAACUGCUAAGGUUACUUUGAAAGCAAGAGAAAUUUUAAUUCAGUCUUCUUUACCAUCCAUUCAAGAGAGAUCCGAUCAAUUAGAACAUAUUUUGAGGUCAUCUGUAUUGCAAACUUCUUAUGGUGAGAUCUAUGCUAAGCAUCGUGCUCCUAAUUUAGAGGUUAUAAAUGAAGUUGUAGACUCGAAGCACAUAGUUUUCGAUGUCUUACCUCAAUUCUUAGCAAAUAAAGAUGAGUGGGUUGCAGCCGCAGCUGCAGAAGUCUAUAUUCGUCGUUCAUACAGAGCCUACUCAUUGGGCCCAAUCUCUUACAACUUCCAUGAUCAAUUGCCAAUCUUAGAGUGGAAAUUUCAACUUCCAAAUCUUGAUGCCACAACUAGUAUUGCUAAAGACUCUUCAUCUAACAUGAACCGUGCUGCAUCUGUAUCUGAUUUGUCAUUCGUUGUUGACGAGAAAAAGCAAACCAUUUCUAGAUCCGGUGUAUUAGUUCCAGCUAGACAUCUUGACGAUAUUGAUGAUAUGAUUGCUGCUGCUUUGGAAAGAUUUGAACCUCAAGGUGCUAUUUCCUUUGACGCUGGAUCCAAGAGACCUGAACCGUACAAUGUUAUCAACAUUGUCGUUAACUCUGUUGAUGGGUACGUCUCAGAAGAUGAAAUUUUGACCAAGGUUAGCGAAACUAUUGAAGAAUUCAGGGAAGAAUUAUCAGCUGCUGGUAUUCGUCGUAUUACUUUUGUCUUUGCUCACAAGAUUGGUCAAUAUCCUAAGUACUACACCUUUACUGUUCCUGACUAUGUCGAGAAUAAAGUCAUUCGUCAUAUCGAGCCAGCAUUGGCUUUCCAAUUGGAGUUAGGAAAGUUGGACAAUUUCGAUAUCCAACCAAUUUUCACUGACAACAGAAAUAUUCAUGUCUACGAAGCUGUUGGAAAGAACGCUCCUUCAGAUAAGAGAUUCUUUACCAGAGGUAUUGUUAGAACUGGUAUUAUGAGAGAAGAUAUUAGUAUUAGUGAAUACUUGAUUGCCGAAUCCAACAGAUUAAUGUCAGACAUUUUGGAUGCUUUGGAAGUUAUUGACACUUCAAACUCUGAUUUAAACCACAUUUUUAUUAAUUUCUCAUCUGUGUUCAAUGUUUUACCCGAAGAAGUUGAAGCCGCCUUCGGAUCAUUUUUGGAAAGAUUUGGUAGAAGAUUAUGGAGAUUAAGAGUAACUGGUGCUGAAAUUAGAAUUGCUUGUACUGAUCCAAACACUGGAGUUUCUUUCCCAUUAAGAGCUAUUAUUAAUAACGUAUCAGGUUAUGUUGUUAAAUCAGAAUUGUAUAUGGAAGUAAAGAAUCCAAAGGGUGAAUGGAUUUUCAAAUCAAUUGGACAACCUGGCUCUAUGCACUUGAGACCUAUUGCUACUCCAUAUCCAGCAAAGGAGUCAUUGCAACCGAAACGUUAUAAGGCUCACAAUAUGGGAACCACCUACGUGUAUGAUUUCCCUGAAUUAUUCCGUCAAAGUACAAUCUCACAAUGGAAGAAGUUUUCAGCUACGGCUAAAGUUCCUGAAGAUUUCUUCACCUCUUUGGAAUUAAUCCAAGAUGAAAACGGUGGUUUGACUGCUGUCGAAAGAGAAGCAGGAAGUAAUAAAAUAGGUAUGGUUGGUUUCCAAGUUACUGCAAAGACUCCUGAAUACCCACGUGGAAGGCAAUUCAUCAUUAUUGCUAACGAUAUUACCCAUAAGAUUGGUUCCUUUGGUCCUGAAGAAGAUGCAUACUUCAACAAAUGUACUGAAUUAGCUAGAGAAUUAGGAAUUCCAAGAAUUUAUCUCUCUGCUAACUCUGGUGCUAGAAUUGGUAUUGCUGAUGAAUUAGUUCCAUACUUUAAAGUUGCAUGGAAUGUUGAAGACUCUCCUGAUAAGGGUUUCAGAUACUUAUACUUAACUCCUGAAGAUAAGAAGGCUAUUGACGAUGACGGAAGAGCAAAUACAAUUGUUACCGAAAGAGUCGUUGAAAAUGGAGAAGAGAGACAUGUUAUUAAAUCUAUUGUCGGUGCUGAAGAUGGAUUGGGUGUUGAAUGUCUUAAAGGUUCUGGUUUGAUUGCUGGUGCAACGUCCAGAGCAUACAAAGAUAUUUUUACCAUCACUUUAGUCACUUGUAGAUCUGUGGGUAUUGGUGCUUACUUGGUUAGAUUAGGUCAAAGAGCUAUUCAAAUCGAAGGACAACCAAUCAUCUUAACCGGUGCCCCCGCCAUUAACAAAUUGUUAGGUAGAGAAGUCUACUCAUCUAAUUUGCAAUUAGGUGGUACUCAAAUCAUGUACAGAAAUGGUGUUUCUCACCUUACAGCAACUGAUGAUUUGGCUGGUACAGAAAAGAUCAUGGAGUGGAUGUCUUUCAUUCCUGCCAAGCGUGGAAUGCCAGUUCCAAUCUUGGAGUCUGAAGAAGACAAAUGGGAUAGAGAUAUUGAAUAUUUCCCAACCAAGGAUGAACCAUAUGAUGUUCGUUGGAUGAUCGCAGGUCGUGAAUUAGGUGACGGCCAAUUUGAGUCUGGUUUAUUCGAUAAGGAUUCAUUUACCGAAACUUUAUCUGGAUGGGCUAAAGGUGUUGUAGUUGGAAGAGCUCGUCUUGGUGGUAUUCCAAUGGGUGUAAUUGGUGUCGAAACAAGAGCAGUUGACAAUUUGUUCCCUGCCGAUCCAGCAAACCCUGAUUCAACCGAAAUAAUGAUUCAAGAAGCUGGUCAAGUUUGGUACCCUAACUCCGCAUUCAAGACUGCUCAAGCAAUUAAUGAUUUCAACAAUGGUGAGCAAUUACCUUUGAUGAUCUUAGCUAACUGGAGAGGUUUCUCUGGUGGUCAGCGUGAUAUGUACAAUGAAGUUCUCAAGUAUGGUUCCUUCAUUGUUGAUGCUUUGGUGGAUUUCAAGCAACCAAUUUUCACAUACAUUCCUCCACAUGGUGAAUUGAGAGGUGGUUCAUGGGUUGUUGUUGACCCUACUAUCAAUUCAGAUAUGAUGGAAAUGUAUGCUGAUGUUGACUCUAGAGCUGGUGUUUUAGAGCCAGAAGGUAUGGUUGGUAUCAAGUACAGACGUGAUAAGUUAUUGGGUACAAUGGAGAGAUUAGAUCCUAAGUACGCUGAAUUGAAGAAGAAAUUAAGCGAGAAGAAUUUGAGCCCAGAGUUAUACUCUGACGUUUCUAAGCAAUUAGCUACACGUGAAAAACACUUAUUACCAAUUUAUGCUCAAAUUUCAGUUCAGUUUGCUGAUUUACAUGACAGAUCUGGACGUAUGUUGGCCAAGGGUGUUAUCAGAAAAGAAUUAAAGUGGGUUGAAGCUCGUCGUUUCUUCUUCUGGAGAUUACGUCGUCGUUUGAACGAAGAAUACUUAUUGAAGCUCAUUGGGGAUCAACUCCAAAAUGCUUCUAAGUUAGAAAAAAUUGCAAGAGUCAAGAGUUGGAUGCCAACAGUUGACUAUGAGGAUGAUAAAGCAGUAAGUAACUGGAUUGAAGAAAAUCACUCUAAGUUGCAAAAUAAUAUCGACGAUAUUAAACAUGAAGCUAUUCAUCAAAAGAUUAGCCUGAUCUUAAAGGAGGAUCCUGCCGACGCUUUUGAUGCUAUCAAGUCUUUUAUGUCUACUCUUUCUGAGUCAGAAAGAGCCAAACUUGUUAAAAUUCUCAAAUAA